AUGGAUUAUCAUAAGAAGGCUUUAUUGUGUUGAGAAGUAGAUAACCUUCAUGCAUUCACAUUCUCAACAUCUUGUUAGCUUACAACCAGAAAAUCAAUUGAUCACUCUCAUUUCUCAUUCCUCUUGGCAUAGGGCAGCCCCACUUGUUAUUGAAUUCAUCUCAAAUGAACAAUGUUCUUUUCGAAUAGGUAAAAAUAUAUGAUGAUAGAAAGAUUGAAUCAUUAUAGCAUUCUAUAAGAUUAUCUUCUUGUAAAGACUAGAGAUGAAUGAAAUGGGUCGUCAAAUUGUCUCUAAGAGCUGUCACUCGAUAGAGUGGAAAAAUGGUAACUUUGUGGCUCCCCGGUGACUAUCACCUGACAGAAAAGAGCUAGGUGAAGGUGGGGUGUGUGUCAAGAAGCUUCAUCCUCAAGUUUGCAUAGUAAGAGAAGGCUCUUCAUCGCACCUGAUAUGCUCUCAGAAGGUGACGACUUAUCUCCUAACAGAUCAUCCUCUUUCUGACGAUGGCUUGUUCGUUCAUCAAUUGAAGAUAAUUUACUUGAUAGAUUCGUGAUCCUUUUAUCGUGAAUCAUUCAGUAGUUUUAGUAACAAUAUCUUACGAAUUACAUUGGUGAGAUUUUUGUCGAUGAUCAAAUGAUUAUGGUGGCUUAAUACUUCAUUAAGGAUCUACAAAAAAAGUUAUAAUUUAAUCAGAUAAAAAUAUGAGUUUUGACUCUAGUAGGAUUCGAACCCAUGUCGGUCAUCUGCUUACAUAGGAGAGUGAAAUAAGUACUUGAAUAUCCUUAUACAAUGACAUCAUCAUGGUUUCUCAUUGUUAUAAAUAAAGGGUAUUUUUGGUAUUAAAAUCUUCAAAAAUAUUAUGGAGAAGGUGUGACCACUGAUUUAGUCUCACAUUGAUUGUAUGACAAAUGUUGAGAUAAAUAUAUAGUAAUACUACAUUUAGAAGUAAUGAAUCCCUUUCUCACAUGUGUACAACCACUCUUUGCCCUAUGUCUAAUUGGCCACUAGUGACAUGGAAGGGGAGUGACACACACAUACCUUCAUCAAUCCAUAUCUGCUUGAGCCCCGACUCACGACUCCAUUCUGACUAUCUACUAGCACCUAUGUUGGGUUUGAUGUGGCUAACUACUAAAAGGGGGGGGGUGGGAGAGGCGUGAAUUGAUUUUCUAUAUUUUCUAGUUCUAUCUACAUGUAUAUGUGUUGACACAUAUUCUAACAUAAUUCAUUUGAUAUGUAUAUAGAUUCAUCUAAGUUGGUUAUUGAUAAGUCUUCAUUAUCAUGAGUUAAUAAUUAGUAAAUAAUACAAUUUUAGCCAUAAAUUAUGAUAAAUAGAGUUAUAUUUAUGUUAAAGUGUGAAAAGUAAUUUUCAAUUGAUUAUCGUAAAUUUUUGACUAAUUAUGUGAUUUUCUACGAAUUUAUAUGAUUUUUAUAGUCUUAUUUUUGAGAUAGAUGAAGAAAAGAAAUAAAAAUAAAAAUAUAACAAAAUGAGGGCCCACUAGCCAACCGAGCCUUCAAGCGAGUCAAAAGUGCAAUUGGAGGGAGCCGCAAGCAAGGGCUCAAGCGGCUAAGGAUUGAUGGGGGCACAUGUGCGCCACUCCCCUUCCACGUCACUAGUGGCCAAUUAGUUGUGGAGCAAAGAGUAGUCGUACACAAGGGAAAAAGAGACUCAUUGCUUAGAAAUGUGAUAUUACUAUAUAUUUGUCUAAAACUUUGGCACACAAAUGAUGUGGGACUAAACUAGUGGUCACACCAUUCUUAAAAUGUUUUUAAAGAUUUUAAUACCUAAACUACCCCUUAGCUAUAAUAGAGAUAUCUAAUAAGUCUUCAUUAUUAUGAGUUAAUAAUUAGUAAAUAAUAUAGUUUUAGCCUUAACUCAUGAUAAAUAGAUUUAUAUUUGUGUUAAAGUAUGAUAUGUUGUUUUCAGUUGAUUAACGUGAAUUUUUGGGUAAUUAUGUGAUUUUAUACGAUUUUUACAAUCUUACUUUUGAGAUAAAUGAAGAACAAGAAAUAAAAAUAAAAAUAUUACAAAAUAGGGGGACCCGCCAGCCAGCUGGGCCCGCAAGCAGGUCAGAAGCGCAGUCGGGGAGUAG